AUAUGUGCAUUGGUAUAUCCUCACUCUCGCUUCUCCUUGCGGUCCUUACCUUCAGUAAGGACUUUGGUGAAGUAUCAGCGACAUCGACUGCGGCUGUGGGUACUAGCACUCCAAGUACCACUAUUACUACUACUUCACCCUCAGAUUCUGCUGUCCCCACAGCCGCUACAACUCCAACUAGUUUCCCUCCAGUUGGCUCUAUUCCCCGUGACUAUUCGCCCGAAGGUCUCGAAAGACUCUGGGAUGUGGUGGGACCAGUAGAGCCCCCACCGUUCACUACGACUCGAGUUCCCACUGCAUCCGUUACGUUACCUCCCUCUCCCCCACCUUUGUAUCCAUCAUUCUAUGCCCCCGCUCCGAAAGACGUCCUUCCCGGCUUGAAGUUCCCAAAAGGGUUCGCAUUCGGUGUCGACACCGCCGCGUAUCAGGUCGAAGGGGCGACCAAGAAUGAGGGCAAGGGUCCAACAAUGUGGGAUUGGGCAUCGAGGCAACCGAACGCGAUCGCUGAUAAUACCACAGCGGACGUUGUCGACCUUCAAUACUUCUUGUACAAAGAAGAUAUCGAGCGAUCUGCUGCACUCGGAGUCAAAGCUCAUUCAUUCUCCAUAUCGUGGGCGAGGAUAUACCCUUUCGGUGCAGCGGACUCGCCCCUCAACCCUGCCGGUAUAGCGCACUAUUCUGACGUGAUUGAUUAUCAUUUGGCUCAUGGAGUCGAGCCUGUCGUAACGUUAUUCCACUGGGACCUCCCCCUCGCUCUCCAAUCUUUUUACGGUGGUUUCACAUCCCCGAAUAUCGUGGACGAUUUCGUUAACUAUGCCAAAACCAUCUUCCAAGCAUACAAUGGACGUGUCAAGACAUGGUAUACUUUCAAUGAACCCCGCGUUUAUUGCGGUCAAGUUGGCUCUUACCCCUUCAAUACAACGCUCGCUCCAGGCGUCAAUGCAUCAAUGGCCCCAUACCAGUGUUCGUAUAAUCUGCUGAAAGCACAUGCUGCAGCCGUGAAAGCAUUCCGAGAGAUGGGCAUAUCCGGGGAAAUUGCUCUCAAGAACGACGAUUACAUAGGUACUCCAUGGAGAAGUAAUUCUUCCGAGGACGCACUCGCUGUCGAACGUCAUGCAGCAUUUCAAAUUGGUGUCUUUUCCGACCCGAUAUACACUACCGGUGACUGGCCUGAGAUCUUAACCGACACACUGUCCCCCGAAUAUCUCCCACGCUUUACGGAAGAAGAAAAGAAAGAUAUUCUAGGUUCAGCGGACUUCUACGCCAUCGAUUGCUACCGUUCGCAGUUCAUUCGAGCGCCGCCAGAAGGUAUCGAUGCUUGCGUUGCCAAUACUUCGCACCCACUAUGGCCAGUCUGCAACGACCCGGUGUUUUAUGACUCUGGGUAUGGCUGGGCUGCAGGGCCCUCUGCAGAUCCGUUGGCAUCCUGGCUUCAGGCAACUCCAGUAAAUGUCCGUGCUUUGCUACAGGAAGUUCAUAAGCGAUGGCCCACGAAUAAACUCUAUGUUUCCGAGAUUGGGUUUGCGGAACCUUUCGAAAACGAGUGGACUGAUCUGUAUCGCAUCAAGGAAGACCUUUCUCGAACAAACUACUUCCUCACGUAUCUCGGUGAAAUCCUGUUGUCGAUUCAGGAAGACGGUGUUCCUAUCAAAGGUGUUUUUGCUUGGGCCAUGGUUGACAAUGCGGAAUGGGCCAGUGGCCUAUCUGCUCGGUUCGGAAUUCAAUACGUCAACUACACGACACUGGAGCGAACAUUCAAGCGAUCAGCGUUGUCUCUGUCCGAAUUCUUUGACUCGCACCUUCAAGACUAAAUAGUCACCUUUCGAGCAGAAGACCUUCAUGGCUGUGUUCGCGUACCUGUUUCCACUUGUUCUACUAUAAUAUGACUAUUAUGCACUGCUCAAACACAUACUAGACACAUGUAAAGUCAUCCCUGACGUGACGAAUGGCUACAUUAUACUAUUAACAUAGGCGUGGUGCCUAU